AUUCAGGGCAACAACAGCUUGAGCGGCAGAUCCGGGGCCUGGGCGGUACUCGAGCACCACCAAAUCUACCCCGGUUACAUGCAAUGUGUGCGCGCAUUUCCCCUAAUACACCAUUACAGAACUCUAACAAUACCGUUCGAGUGCCGUUUUGAUGUCAACCCUGUCAACUCUACCUGGCACGUGAGACAGAGGCAGAACGAGACAGUAUAUGCUGGUCCCUUCCCCCACAGGAACCCGAAGACUCUAUCUCCAACCCCUACCUAAACGACUAAACGACUACCAAUCGCCCUUAUAAUUGGUGAUUGUGACUGGUAGACCGUGCCGGACAUGGAUCAGAGCGCUAGACUCAGCAUAAACGCUCUCGAUGCGGCGCAGAGGAGCCACCUAGAGCGGCCCUUCAAGUGCCUCGAGUGCCACUAUGCAUUCCGACGCGUCGAGCAUCUCACUCGCCACGCGCGUAGUCACAAGACUGAGCGAUACCUGCAAUGCAGCUACUGUCGCAAGGGCUUCUACAGACUCGACGCCCUGAAGCGCCAUGAGAAGGUUCACUCCGAGCCCAAGCGUAGCGCGCUUGGAAGGGGGGCUCGAGCAUGCCUUUCCUGCGCCGCGUCACGGACAAAGUGCAGCGGCCAGACCCCGUGCUCAACCUGCGAGAGGCGCUCCCUCGAGUGCCAGUAUCCCGCGGCGGGCAAGAGCCGGCCGGAGAAUCUGACCUCAACUCCUGAGGAAGCGUCGAAUGGCUCGAGCGCCGAGCAUAUGGUAGCGAGUCCCCAUGGAUCGAUCAUGUCCUGGUCCAAUGCCUCUCAGUCGCCGGUUGCCUCCAAGGGCCUUGACAUUGGUUACCGCCCAGUCGUUGGUGACCAAGCUGGUGUAGGUGAGCAUACUUUGAACCCUAAGAGUGGUGCUGAAAUCAGGUACAACGGCCACUCUGCGCAGAAUGGCCACUUAUUUGAUAAUCCAAUAUCUCCAUUGCGAGCCCAACUCCAUGUUGCAGAGUCUCAGUCGCCAAUGAACAUCUCAUCUCUAAUUUCUGAAAAUCAGACAAUUUUCAGCUCUAAUAACCCCCCACUGCCUAGCAGUCCUAGCUUUCAAAAUACGGCAGUCUCCCAGCCUCCAAAUACACAGAAUGAUUACCACGGACCUACCCAAGCCACGGAGCCGUGGUAUCAAAAUGGUUUCUCGUCCAUAAACUGGCUGUCAGAUGCUUGGACACCAGACUUCCCUAUGGAGGACAGAGACGCGGGCAUCGAACCAUUUGAUCAGAGGCCUUCUCAUCUUCUCGGGAAUGCACCUGGAAUUGGCGCUGUGAGUUGUGCUAUGACAUAUGAGAACGCAGCAUUACACAUGUCAUCACCCCAAGAACGGAGUUCCCCUCACAGUUACCCAUCUCCGAUAGGGAAUCAAGGCGCCGAAAGGUCACAAAGCACACCGUCUGCUGGCCACUUCUAUAUUGAUGGAGACGGUGCGCGGCUACCUCGAGUCCGUAAGGCACCAUAUAGGACCGAGUCAUUUACACCUACACACCACCAUGAGAAUGCAAUGCAUGGUGACGGAUUCAUCUUCCCAGAGGUUAGCGAACGUCUCGAGAACUCCACCCCCAACAUCAAAGAGCUCCCGCACACAACAUAUAAUGAGAUUCUUCGAGUAUUCAAACAGACGUGUAUUAUAAGUACACAUUACUCACCGUUUGCAAGAGAAACGUUUCCCCCUAUUAGAAUUUUCAGCCAACUGGUUUUCCUUUAUUUGGAUAAUUUCCAACCAAUUCUCCCUUUUUUACACCAUCCCACGCUCGAUUUAUCGACAAUGCACUGGCUGCUAGUAUUGUCUUUGGCCUCAAUCGGAAGCCAUUACAUGGAAUCCGAAGACAAUGGUAUUUUCAUCGUUGCCAUGCAUGAAUUUACACGUCGUGCAAUCCAGACUGUUAUUGAAGCCGACGAUGGUGCAAGACCUGACGGGCUAGUUUUAAUACAAGCUAAGCUACUUAACAUUAUUGGGAUCUCGUAUGGUGGUGACACACGUCUGAAGAGAUUUGUUAGUGCAUACCAAAGCGAUUUUAAUUAUUUCUGCUGCAGCGAAUGGGCUUCAUCAACGUCGCCAACCGGCUCUGAUCUGUCUGGAAAUUUAGCCACGGCAAGCAAUGGCUGGAAAAUUUGGUACAAGGAAGAAAGUCGUCGCCGGACUGGAUACUGCGUAUGGAUGUUAGACUGCAUGUCGAGCUUUCACUUUAGAGCACGCUCAGUCCUGACCUUGGAAGAUGCCAGAGUUCCCCUACCGUGUCAGGAAGUCCUUUGGGAGGCCGAGUCCGCACUUGACUGGCAGCAGCUCUACGGAGCCUCUACACCAAACCCCUCACUACAUGCCGCCAUCCAACUCGCAUACGUGGAGAAGCAUCUCCAAUCGUCUAUGGGCGAAUUCAGCCGUAUCCUCUGCAUUCAUGCCCUCUUCCGGCGAACCCAUGAAGUAGCAGCCUUCUUCCAGCAGCCCCUCACUCUCUGGAGCCCGAAAGCAGAAAAGCAGAGUAUAAGCAUUAUAGAAAAGUCUAUGCCUGUCUGGCUCCCUGGUAUUUCGACAUAUGCCAAAUGGCGCAACUCGGCCUGCGACGUCCUCGACAUCCUACACUGGCAUGCUAACAGCGUCAUUGGUGUCGCUUCUGGGAUGGAACACCCCACGGUCCUACAUCUCCACCUCGCCCGCGUCGUCCUCCUCACGCCAUUGAGUCACAUUGUGGGUCUGGCUAGCUUCCGCGCCGGAGAAGCUAUACCAGCAUCCGAUGCUGAGUUGGCUAGCAUGCAGGACUACGUCCGCCGCUGGGCGCAGGAGGACCAGUAUAAAGCGCGCCUGGCCAUGAUCCAUGCAGGGGUGCUAUUUUGGCAUGUACGCCGCUACUCAGCCGACGCGUUCUACGAGCCGGCCGGGGUGUUCCUCGCUACUCUCGCGAUGUGGGCGUAUGGGACAUUUGCGACUUAUACACCAGCGUUGAAAGACGGGGAGUCGCCCGAGGACGAGGACGACGUGGACGCAUUGUUUCCAACGUUAAUGCGGUUGGAUCGGCCGGCAGAUGAUGAGUUGGUUCAGCUGUUUGUGAAGAAGGGUGGGGGAAUGCGUGCAGUUGUUACGGGGGUGGGGAAUCUGUGUGGCGCGCGGGGACCAAUGCGCGUACUAAUCGAGGGGCAAUGGUGCCAGCAAGGUGCUUCCAGUUAG